ACUUCCGUUGCCACCGGAAGCAGUUUUACGAUGGCAACUUCUGUGGACGAGCCUGCCAAAGAAGCUCGGAAAAGUGACUCUCGGCCGCAGAAACAGAAGCGUGAGAACCAAGAUGAGGCAGAGCUCCUCACUGUUCCUGAUGGCUGGAAGGAGCCAGCUUUUUCCAAAGAGGACAAUCCCAGAGGACUCUUGGAGGAAAGCAGCUUUGCAACCUUGUUCCCGAAGUACCGAGAGGCUUACCUGAAAGAGUGCUGGCCUUUGGUCCAGAAAGCCUUGAAUGAGCAUCAUGUUAAAGCAACGCUGGACUUGAUCGAGGGUAGCAUGACUGUUUGUACAACAAAGAAGACUUUCGACCCUUACGUCAUCAUUAGAGCCCGGGACCUGAUAAAGCUCCUGGCAAGGAGCGUUGCAUUUGAACAGGCAGUACGGAUACUUCAGGAUGAUGUUGCCUGUGACAUCAUUAAAAUCGGCUCUCUAGUGAGGAAUAAAGAGAGAUUUGUGAAAAGAAGACAGCGGCUUAUUGGUCCCAAAGGAUCUACAUUGAAGGCAUUGGAACUCCUGACAAAUUGUUAUGUGAUGGUUCAGGGGAACACCGUCUCCGCCAUCGGACCGUUCAGCGGCCUGAAGGAGGUUCGAAAAGUAGUCCUUGAUACCAUGAAGAAUAUCCAUCCAAUUUAUAACAUUAAAACCUUGAUGAUUAAACGGGAGUUGGCAAAAGAUUCCGAGUUACGAUUGCAAAGUUGGGAAAGAUUUUUGCCACAGUUCAAGCACAAGAAUGUGAAUAAACGCAAGGAGCCAAAGAAGAAGAGUGUCAAGAAGGAGUACACGCCCUUCCCUCCCCCACAGCCAGAAAGUCAGAUUGAUAAAGAAUUGGCUAGUGGUGAAUACUUUUUGAAGGCGAAUCAGAAGAAGCGGCAGAAAAUGGAAGCAAUAAAGGCUAAGCAAGCAGAAGCUCUUACAAAGAGGCAGGAAGAACGAAAUAAAGCAUUUAUUCCACCUAAGGAAAAGCCAGCUGUGAAGCCAAAGGAAGUUUCUACUGAAACUAAGAUUGAUGUGGCCGCUAUCAAGGAGAAGGUUAAGAAAGCCAAGGCCAAGAAACUGGGCGCCCUUACAGCAGAGGAGGUUAAGCUCAAGAUGGAGGCUGACGAAAAGAAGCAGAAGAGAAAGAAGUAACAUUGGAAAAAAUGACCAACGUUCUAAGGUGUUUCCUUUUGUAAAGGAUUUUGAGACGCAGAGGCUUUAACUGAGUCAAACUCAGAAAAUCAUGACCAGUUUGCUUCUGUUCAUGGACAGAUGUACGCUUUGUAAAUACGUACGUGGUAGAUACCUAAGUGUAUAUUGUGCCCAACCAGUCCCAGACAGGUUUUGCCUAGAUGUUUUAGGAAUACCUGUUAUUAUAAAUUGUAUAGAUUUUUUGAAUGAGACUAUUAUUCAUCAAAUCCAAUGUUUGUUGCUAUUGGCUGGUCUUUAUAAGCAUACCCAAAACAUUUGGUUUUGAGGAAAAUACUUGCAAAAUUUUCAUUCUAUUUCUUUUGUUAAUUUUACCCCAGGAUUACAACAAAAAAACCUCACAAACAGAAAAUCCAAGGCCUCUAAGUCAAAUUUAUUCUGACUGAGGAAAUGAUACCAGAAAAAUGUAUAUGGUUAUUUACCCUACACGUAAGCAUCUGCAUACCUGGUCCCCGCCCCCACUGAGGCCAGAGGAGGGCAUAGAAUCCACUGGAACUAGAGCUGUGGGUGCUAACACAGUGUUGGGGCUGGAAAUCAGACACCGGGGCUUUACAAGAGCAGCAAGUAUUUUUGACAGCAAUUGGACUUAGAAUUAUCAGACUCACAGAUCUGGAAAUCUGUUAAAUUUCCCAGGAGUACCUUACUGAAAGCCUACCUGUAGGAACCUGGGCAGUCGGAAUUCAUAAUGUAGAAAGACAAGUUAACUCUGUAAACUUAGAAAACUAAGUUCUUUUGACUAAGAUUUUAUUGAAAGAUUUUAAAAUAGCCACAUAUGAGUAAGCUGUUCCCCAACCAUGGCGUUAGUCCAAAAGAACUAAGUUAGGAUAUUUGUGCUUUACCCAAAUGGUAAGUAUAACAGACAGUAAUAGAAGAACUGACUUAGCAAUGAGAAAGAGAGAUGUGUAUCUGUUCCGUAGAUAUAUAGGCCAAUCUGGAUAAUCAACAGAGUAGUAACCUGUGAAACAAACAAGAGUGUACUCAGUCUCUCAUGACAUGCUAACCCAGCCUACACAGUGCCCCGUGAAAACUGUUAGGGUUUGCAUACAUACGUGAGACCUGAUCUCGUCGUGGGUUAACUGUAAAACCAGAAUUAAGAAAAAGUUAGGUAUAGGGGAAGCAAUGUUUCUAGUUAUUUCUCACAACCAUGAGCUUGAUCUGGGUUUUCAGUACAAUGAUUUUCAAAGAUCAACCCAGUUUUUGCUGCUGGGUCAGUAUGGUGUUUUUUUAGUCUUUUUAUAUAAACUUGAUCUGUGAAUUUUUGUACAAAAGAAAUACUAUCAGAAUGAAUGGAAAAGUUUAAUAUGCCCACAGCUACCAGAUGCAUUUGACUUUGAGCUAUGAUUGAAACGAAAGAUUAAAAUAUGAUUUGUUUUAAAUAACG